AUGAACCAAACAACAGAUGAAGACAUUAAGGAUAUGCUCGAGGACAUAUGCUAUAAGUAUAUCGGUCCCGUGCUUUGCGUUUUCGGUAUUAUUGGUAACAUUAUCAACUUGAUCGUAUUAUCACGCCAACAACUAGUGGAGUCCCCGUACAUCUACCUGAAGGCACUGGCAGUGACUGACAUGUCGGCCCUUCUCUUCUCCUUUCCCUUCAUGGUGGUCUCUCGGGAGGCCACCACCUUCUCUCUCAAGUGGUAUAACGCCUAUAUCUUCCUGCCAGUGGUCAAUUUCUUCACAGCUUCAAGUAUCUGGAUAACCGUUGUAAUGACCAUAGACAGGUUCAUAUUUGUGAAAUUUCCGAUUUGGGCAAGAUGGCGAUGUAGUCGGUUCAGUGCGCAAGUGCGGGUUUGGAUAAUUCUCGGGGCCACUGUUGUGAUUAGCGUGCCAAGACUAUUCUGCUAUGAUGUAGUGCCUAUCAGUGUUGACAAUGCUAAUGUGACAGUGACCGAUUUACAUGGUUACAGACUCAAACCUACAGACUUCCGUAGAAGUGAGUAUUAUCAGGCUAUGAACAUUGCACUCAUUAUACUCAUUCACUUCCUGCCGCUCAUUAUUCUGUGUGUGAUCAACAUUUACCUUAUCGUUGCCGUACAACAAGCACGCAUUGCGCGCGAGGAGUUAAAUCUGAGAAACAAUAUGGAGACAGAAUGGCAGAAGGACCAAAGGAGGUUUACAAUCACUCUAAUAAGCAUUGUUCUUUUAGCUAUUGUUUCCAUCUUCCCCGCCGCCAUUUGUGAUAUCAUGGUUGAAAUGAGGUGGGUUGUUAAAUUUAAGAGCGGUCAGCAACAACUCAAAGAUGCUGCUCGACCAGGUCGUCCUGCAUCAACAACGACGAAAAGCAACGUAGAAAAAAUAAGUAAUAUGCUGAAAAAGAUGCCAGACACAUUGUCAGGGAUUUAG